AAAAUGCAACAGCCACUAAAGAGCUGUACGAAAUGUUCUAGUCUGACUACAUUUUUUACUGUCUUUAUAAUUAUGUUCUCACUCAGUUCGACUGCAUUGACAACAUUUGGGAUUAAUAAACCAGCUAAUAAUCCAGUAGCUCCCACACAUGCUCCAAAAGGCAAGGAAUGUUACACCAAUGCUGAUUGCGUUGGAAUCGCUGAUUCGUCAUGUGUAAAAGACUAUGAUUUUAAGCCAAGAUGUUUAUGUGGGGAUUUCUUAGCUCCAGUUAAUGGUUUAUGUACAGCGACAUUAAAAGGAUUAAGGCAUCAAUGUAAAAAAACUGAUGAAUGUGAGGACAACAUGUUAUGUCGUGAGAAUAACAGCACAAAGACAACAAUUCUUGGUUCAUUCUCGAAAGACACGAAUAGAGAAAAGUUAUGUUUAUGCGACGAGGAGAACGGAUGGAUGGAGAAUUUAAUCGAGAAUCACUGCAACGCGGCUGUUAAAAAUUUCAUUGCCAGCAUUUUUGGAUAUAUCGUUGCUGUAAUUUUCUACUUUGCCAUCACACAAAAGGUUCUCCAAUAUUAAAGCUGACCAGUUAGCUAGACGAGCAGAAGUGGGAAAAUCAAUUUUCCAUUCACCAUGAAAUCGCAUAAUUUUUCUCAUGCUAUAACUUUACAACUCUUAGCCGUAUUUUUUGCAAUAUGAAUGCGACAA